AUGGCAUCGGCAGACGACAAAACCAUCCACCUAGUAGGCAUCGGCGUCGGCCACUCAAUCGCGCCCCCAAUGCACAACGCCAUCGCGAAAUCCCUCUCUCUCCCCUGGGCCUUCCACGCCACCGAAUGUAACACGAUCGAAGACCUCGUCCUCCUGGCACGUAAAGACUCAACGGCAGGCCUCGUCGUCACGAUGCCCUAUAAAAAUACAGUCAUGCCCCGGCUCGAUGCCCUAGACCCCCUCGCCACCACCAUUGGCGCCUGCAACAACGUCUACCGCGACCCGUCGAACCCGGCGAUGCUGAGGGGGACGAACACGGAUUGGCUGGGUGUAAAGGGGUGUCUUCUCGAAAAGGGCGAAGGGCGGGGUCCGGUAGAGGGAAAGCCUGCGUUGAUUGUGGGUGCUGGCGGCGCGAGUCGUGCUGCGGUGUAUGCUCUGCAUACAUUCUUCAAGGCCUCUGUGAUCUAUGUUCUGAACAGAGAUGAUGGAGAAGUGUCCGAUCUUCAGCGCGAUGCUCAACGUCUGUCUCCCGCUCCCAAGAUUGUUCAUGUCAAAGAAGGGGAGUCGAAGAUGCUGGAGACACCGUACUAUGUGGUCGGAACGGUCCCCGAUUUUGAACCUACAUCGGCGUCUGAGUUGGCGGUAAGAGCAUCUCUAGAAGACUUCCUUUCACGGCCGGAGAAGGGAGUCUUGUUGGAUAUGUGCUUCAAGCCGCGGCGGACGAGGAUGAUCAAACUAGCGGAGAGCCUUGGGUGGCCCUCGGUAGAGGGGACGCAUGUUAUUGGGUACCAGAUCGAGGAGCAGUGGAAGCUUUGGGCUGGAGAGGAGAGAGUGAAGGAAUUUGACAAGGACGCAGCGUGGAAGGUUCUAUUGGAGGCGGCUGACAAUAGUCCGGGGAUCAACUUCUGA